AUGUUUGCUCCCCUUGGUUUGUUCAAGGACGUACCUUGUCCUCAGAAUCAACAUUGCUCUCUCUUGACCUGCAUCUUCUCUCACAAGCCUGUCGGCCAUUCUUUGAUCGAUCAGGGUACUCCUCGAGAUACACAUGUAGUAUCCCGAGAUACAGAUGGGCCGAUCCUUUCGGCUGCAAAGCGAAUUAAGCUGGACUCAACCAUCGAGGAACAUGCACCAAAGGUGAUCCCGACAAAUCAGUCCAGGGGUGCAGAUAAGGCUCGCACAGAAAUCUCCCCAAGUGUGGCUGCCAAAAAGCCUCAACCAGCAAAUCAAGGUAUCGCAAAGCCCACUCUCAAAUCGAUAUCCAAACCGGUCUCUCCACCUCGUGCAGAAACAACACCAGCAAAACGUGACAAACCCAACACCAAUGUACAGGGAAAGACGGAAUCCCGACCACCGCCAAGGCGUGCGCCUAAAGAAAGCUUGAAUCCUCGCAUGCUCACAAAAGCCCCUGCGCCUCAUGGUGUCCGGUUAUCCAUAGUAACCAAGCUUCAUGCUGCCAUGUCCUCUCAGAAUGAAAAGAUGGGCAAGGACAAGGAGAGUUCGGAUAGGUAUUUAGUUCUAUCUCCCAACGAACUUGUAACGAUGGCUCUGGACGAGGAAGAAAAGGCAGCAAAAGAUAACCCAAGCAUUUACUCCAAUGUCAUUAAACUUAGGAUCGUGAAACUCUCCAAAAUGAGCAAGGACGAUUGGGCAAGCGAAGUGAAGGCCCAUUUGAAUACUAGAUAUUACAAGCUCGAACCGAUUCAACAACCACAGAAACAAAAAGUUCUCACAACUGGCUUGACUACGAAGGAAGAGCUGGCGAUUGUGAGCAAGUUGAUCACGCCAUUGCAUGGUCUAGAGCAGUUCGGCUACGUGACCAAACCGCCCACAGAAGAGGAGGUUUCCAGUGCAGAGAAGGGUGUCGUUGAGUCGAAAGGCUGGGAGAAAUGUGAUCGAUGUGGUGGGCGGUUUCAAGUCUUUCCUGGUCGUCGUGAGGACGGUUCAUUGACGACCGGAGGGCAAUGCACAUAUCACCCUGGCAAACCAAUAUACCCUCCAAGAAAGCAGACAGAUCACAUCACAGGCCCAAGGGAUACAUACUAUUCUUGCUGCAAUGAGUCUAUAGGUACUUCAUCAGGUUGUACCAAAGGCAACACCCAUGUCUUCAAAGUUUCGGAAACGAAGCGGCUUGCAUCAGUCCUCCAAUUCGAAAAGACUCCAGAACAGUCGAACAAAGGGUCGCGCCAACCAGUAUGCUUCGACUGCGAGAUGGGGUACACCACAAUGGGACUGGAGCUAAUCCGGCUGACCGCCGUUAGCUGGCCUCAGGGCAAGCAAUUGCUUGAUGUUCUCGUCAGGCCGAUGGGCGAAGUUCUCGACCUGAACUCGCGCUUUUCCGGCGUUUUUCCUGAGCACUACGCAAAUGCAAUCCCGUAUGGUACUCCGAUUCCUGAAAUAUCGGAUGGGGAAGCCACUCGUUUACAUGUGGUGGAAUCGCCCACGGCAGCACGGGCAUUACUGUUCGAGCUUAUACAACCCGACACCCCUCUAAUCGGGCACGCAAUUGACAAUGACCUUAACGCGUGUCGCAUUAUCCACCCGACCAUUAUCGACACGGUGAUCCUAUAUCCACACCCAAGGGGUCUACCGAUCCGCAUGAGUUUGAAGGCCCUAUGCAAGAAACACCUGGAUAGAGAUAUCCAAACAGGAGGCAAUCGUGGCCAUGACUCCAAGGAGGAUGCAAUAGCUACGGGCGACCUGGUCAGAGUCAAAGCUUCAGAAACUUGGAAGACACUGAAGGCCAAGGGAUGGCAAAUUGAGGGUGGAAGGCUUGUACCACCGCCAGGUGCAGGCAAGACAGAAGAUGCCGCUAUCGCCGAACGAACGCUUGGGCCUGGAGCCGGGCAGAAGAGAAAGGAUUCCGCUCUAGGCGAGCAGUAA